AAACCAUCGGACGGUUCUGAUGUGAUGCAAUUUCCACAGUUUCUCAAUUCUCUCACCAUGUUCUAACGGAAAAAAAUGUUCGAGAAAGAUAAAAAAUUUCCUCUGGGAAUCUCUUUUUUUCUUCUUCUUUAAACUGUGCAGAUCAUCGAAUUAAAUUGAUUAAUAUCGUAUAAUCAAAUUUCAUCAUCUUAUCCUUUCCCAGAAUCGACUCCGAUCGAAUCUUCAAACAUCUCAAUCCUUUAGUUUGAAACGUUCUCAUGUCUUCUGUUAUCAUCCAGACAAUUUGAUUCUCACAAAUUCCUCCAGCUUCCACGGGAUUUAAAGCUCGUCAUUAAUGGGUUUAUCAAAGGACAAGAUCAGAUUCAACGUUGGUGGCAGAAUCUUCGAAACGACGUCAACGACGCUCGCCAACGCUGGUCGCAGUUCUUUCUUCGGAGCAUUGUUCGACGAAAAUUGGAAUCUUUCACUACCCAAUGAUGAUGACGAUGAAGAAAAAAACGAUCUUUUCAUCGAUCGGAACCCAGAUUGCUUCGCCGUUCUUCUCGACCUUCUCCGAACUGGUGACUUAAACAUCCCACCCAAUAUCUCGGAGCGUCUCCUUCAUAAAGAAGCAAUGUUCUACGGCUUAAUCGACCACUUGCGAACCGCAAAGUGGGGACCUUUCGACGGAAACAGACUCCAUCUCUCUCGUUCCGUCACAGGGAUAGCUCCGGGAGAUGGAACGGCGAUUAGAGCUGGUCCUGAUGGAGGAUGCUGCGUUGCUCAUGGAAGUGUCGUCCAUGUGUUUGAUUGGAUGCUUGAGGAGCAUCCUACUAUUAAUCUUGAUUACCAGAGAGUGAACGAUGUGGGUUGGGUUGAUUCUGGUAACAUUGUACUCUCUGCUUGUGAGAGAUUAGGAAGAGGAGAUGGAGGAAUGGGUUUGUUUAGCUCUUCUUCUGGAGACCUGAGGUAUAAGUUUCAGGUGAGUCAUGAUAAUCAGGUUAAGAGUUAUAGUGCUGGAGCUUUGAGUUUUAGUCCUGAUUCUAAGAUUUUUACGAGCUGUAAAGGACGGAGUAAUGAGUAUGGGAUUGGAGUUUGGGAUCAGAUUACUGGAAAGCAAGUUGAUUUCUUUUACGAGAGUCCUGGUUGGUCUUUAGGAGAUGCUGAUAAGUUGCAAUGGUUGAAUGGUAAGAACUGUCUUCUUGUAGCAACUUUGUUUCCAAGGAAAGAUAAUUGUUACAUUAGCUUGUUGGAUUUCCGGGACAAGAACAUGGUCUGGUCUUGGUCUGAUAUCGGGUCUCCUGCGAUGGUAGAUGAGAAGAGAGUGAGAGACGCUAUAGCGAUGGAAGAGAGCAAUUCUAUAUGUGUGGUGAAUGAGUUUGAGGAUUUAGGGUUUAUUGAUCUGAGGAUGGAUGGAGGAGGCAGUAGUGUGAGGUGGAGUUCUAGGAGCAGGUUGAUGAAGAGCAAGAUGCCUGAUGAGCCAUGUUACCCUAAACUCGCUUUGCACGAAGGCCAGCUCUUCUCGUCCAUGAAUGAUUCAAUCUCUGUGUUCUGUGGAUCAGACUGGGUUUUGACGUCUAGGUUAAAAAGAAGCUACGGUGGCUCCAUCUGUGACUUCUCCAUUGGUGGGGAUCGGUUGUUUGCGUUGCACAGUGAAGAGAAUGUGUUUGAUGUGUGGGAGACUCUGCCUCCUCCGAUAAUAUGAUAUCACAUUUUGACAAUCGUGCUCUAUGUUUGGUCUGUUUCUGCUACAUUUGGUUUGCUUCCUUUGUUUAUGUUUUAGGAUUCUUAGAAAACUAUAGGAUGAGAGAAUAGAGGAAAUAGCAAUAGUCAAGAGAAUAUAAACAUAGAGAAGAACAUGAUUCAUAAUUUUGUUAAAACUGAUAUUGAGACGAUUUUUAGUUUCCAGUUUCAGGUUGUGUUAUGUAUUGUCCGUACAUGACUCUUUUCUCAAUGUAAGAAAUCAAUCUCUUUUGACCUUUA